ACUGAGAGACUCCAAGUCAGGUCUCCAUUCCUCCACCCCUUCUUGCUCUCCUCUCUCUGGGGUCAGCUUUAAGUCAGCUCCUCCCAGACCUCUCAGUUCCAGCCCCACCCAUCUCAAAGGACAGCAGGCGAGGCAGGACCCUUCACAGCCCCAAGGGAAGGUGCGCACCUGAGGCUUUCAUUUGUAUUUCUGUGAAGUCCGAUCUCUUGGUCCCUCCUGAAGAGUUGUCAGACUCCUGUGCUUUCGACUCCGAGGUGGACAGGAAAGAUGGCCCAAGCCACAGUGACCGUGAAUGGAGUCGAAGUGGCCUCCACACAGCCCCACUCCACUCACAUCAGCAUCCACAUCCACCAAAAAUCCGCUUUGGAGCAGCUGCUGGGAGCUAUGGGCUCCCUGAAGAAGUCUCUCUCCUGCCCUCAGGCCACUGGCCCCUCCAAGGCCAUAAUCCACUAUGGCCAGCUGUCUCUAGGGGUGACCCAGAUAUUGCUGGGGCUCGUGAGCUGUGUUCUUGGAGUGUGUCUGUACUUUGGGCCUUGGACUGAGCUGCGUGCCUCUGGCUGUGCCUUCUGGUCAGGGUCUGUGGCAAUUGUAGCUGGAGUUGGUACUGUCGUCCAUGAGAAGCAGCAGGGAAAACUGUCCGGCCACCUAUCACAUCUGCUCCUCCUGGCUUGCAUUGCUACAUCUGUAGCUGCUACCGUUCUGGGUGUGAACAGCAUAAUCAAGCAAACCAGUGUUUUCUACUACGAGAUCAGUUCCACAUGCUACUCCUUGCUAUCAGGCAUGAACAGCGGGUAUGAGUCAACGUGGUUCACUGACGACUCAGACUGGAAGACACAGAGGUGCAGAGAGUACCUGAACAUGAUGAUGAACUUGUUCCUGGCGUUCUGCAUCAUGCUCACGGUUGUCUGUAUCCUGGAGAUUGUUGUGUCUGUGGCUUCCCUGGGACUAAGUCUUCGAAGUAUGUGUGGCCGGAGAUCCCAGGCCCUGAAUGAUGAAGAGACAGAGAAGAAGCUUCUCGGUGGGGAUUCGGCACCCGCCUCUCCAGCCAAAGAGAAGAUCCCUAUUAUCCUGUGAUCUGCCUGAACCCACAUGUGUCCCUGUCCAGAGUAAUCCAGGGAGGACAACACAACUGUUCCCAGGGCCUCUUCUGCCCCAAACUACAUACCUACUUUUGAUGUAGCCACUAUCCAGCUCUUUCUCUUCCUCUUUAUCCACUGUUCUCACAACAAUGUCCUUUCUUCCAUGAACAGAUAUUAUGUCAUUUUCUCCAAUGCUAAUAAGGCAGAAACAACCAGAAACAAAAAAUACCCUCUCACAGAAAGGUGUGGGCUCUUCAUUGAUACAGACAAUGAGCUUGGAAAGGCUGUUCCUUGAGUUGCCCUGUGGGCAGAAGAGUGGCGGUGGAGCCUGGUGGCAGUUGUAUGCCUCUGAUGUCACUCACACCCUUCUUCAGGGUUUGCAUCCAUUCUACUAUGUAAAGUGAACAUAACC